UUUACCCUCAGCCUCUUCAAUAAAGCAGUGACACACUCUCUAAAGUACCUCUACACUGCAGUCAGAGGAGUAAAUUUCUCAGAAUUUACUGUUGUUGGUAUGGUGGAUGGAGAGCAGAUUGUUUACUAUGACAGUAACAUCAGGACACUGAGCCCAAAGACGGAGUGGAUGAAGAAGAUUGAUGCUGAUGAUCCACAUUACUGGAAGAGAGAGACACAGCGUAUGCAGGGUGAAGAGGAGAACUUCAACGUACUUCUGACUACAAUAAUGAAGAGUUUUAAUCACACAGAAGAGAAUCACACACUGCAGAGGAUGUACGGCUGUGAUGAUAACGGCACCACUAGAGGAUUUGAUCAGUACGGUUAUGAUGGAGAAGAUUUUAUUAGUCUGGAUUUGAGAAAUAAAACCUGGACUGCAGCAAACGCUAAAGCUGUAAUUACCAAACAUGCGUGGGAAGCUGAGAACUAUAAUAUGAAGAGGAAGAACUACCUGGAGAAUGAGUGUAUCACCUGGUUGAGGAAGUACGUCUUGUACGGCAGAGAGACUCUGGAGAGGAAAGUUCGUCCUGAAGCGUCUGUGUUCUACAAGCACUCCAAUUCUUCAGAGCUGGUGUGCCACGCUACAGGUUACUUCCCCAAAGAAAUAAAUAUGACCUGGGAGAAGGAUGGGGAGAAAAUGGAUGUGAGUCCCAAUGACACGUUACCCAACAAUGAUGGAACCUUCCAGAAGAGAGCCGUUCUGAGAGUCUCACCUGAGGAGCUGAAGGGACACAACUACACCUGUGUGGUUCAGCACAGCAGCCUGGAGAAGGACUUAGUGCUUAAAGCUCCAGGUGGAGUUCCUCUUGGUAUCAUCGUUGGUGCAGUCGUGGCUGUUCUUGCUCUGGUUGCUCUGGUUGCUGGACUUCUGAUCUGGAAGAAGAAGAAGCAAAAGAAGAAUUCUGAUGAUGCCAACAAUCCUCAGUCGGAUCUCUCAAGUACCGAGAGGGAUCCACUAAUUCGGGAGUUUUCAACCUUUUUGGACAUGAGCCCCUCUCCAUGUGCCGACCGCGAACCUGCAACCACGCCCCUACUUGAACUACAGGUACUCGAUGGGCACGCCCCACAGGUUGAAAACCCCUGUUGA